AUGCCUUCACACCCUGACCAUGAAAACUGUCGUUCUGAAACAAAUCAGACCUUCUACCAGACUCCCUGCCCAGCAUCCUGCAAGCCGGCCACCCAGAGCACUCUGCACAGAACGACGCUGAGCCGGGAGAAGGGAGGAAACGGUGUCACGAUCAUCCUCCGUGGCCAAGAGAAGACGAUAACGAGGAUGAUGAAGAUUAACGUGAGGAUGGACGCCAUCAUCGUCCUGUGCAGCAGCCUGUAUCUGACGUUUACCGGAGCAUCAGAGAUGGAGAGGAGGCUUCAUCAGAAGCUAUUCGAGAACUACAACCUGAAGGUCCGACCAGCGCGCUCCUGGGAGGAGACGGUCAUGGUCCGAGUGGGGAUGACCCUCUCUCAGCUCGUCAGCUUGAACGAGAAGAAUGGCGAGAUGACAACCAACGUGUUCAUGAAUCUGGCAUGGACAGAUUACAGACUGUCAUGGGACCCAGAGGAGUAUGAUGACAUUAAGGUUUUAAGGAUCCCCCCCAACAAGGUGUGGCGUCCUGACAUCUACCUCAUCAACAAUAAUGAUGGCCAGUUUGACGUGGCUCUCUACGUCAAUGUCUUGGUUUACAGUGAUGGGACGGUCAAUUGGCUUCCUCCAGCAAUCUACCGUAGCAGCUGCUCAAUAGAGGUGGCAUACUUCCCAUUUGACUGGCAAAAUUGCAGCAUGGUCUUCCGCUCGUAUACCUACGAUGCAUCUGAAGUUGACCUGCAAUAUUACCUGGAUGACUACGGCGAAGAGAUCCAAGAGAUUGUCAUAGACGAGAAUGCUUUCACAGAAAACGGGGAGUGGGCAAUCUGUCACAAACCCAGCAGGAAGAACGUGAAAGACGGCCUGUAUGAGGACAUCACCUUCUACCUGAUCAUCGAGAGGAAGCCUCUGUUCUACAUCAUCAACAUCAUCGUGCCUUGCAUCCUCACCAGCGUGCUGGCCAUCUUUGUUUUCUAUCUGCCUCCUGGAGCAGGGGAGAAGAUGACUCUCUCCAUCUCCGUCCUCAUCGCCCUGACUGUCUUCAUGCUCUUGUUGGCUGACAAGGUCCCCGAGACCUCACUCGGCAUCCCUAUCAUUGUCAACUACGUCAUGUUCACCAUGAUCUUGGUCACCUUCUCCGUCAUCCUCAGUGUGGUGGUCCUCAACCUGCACCACCGCACCCCCAGCACACACAUCAUGCCAAAGUGGGUUCGCAAGGUGUUCAUACAGUUCCUGCCCAAAUACAUUGGCAUGGAGAAACCGCACCAGGAGGGGUCAGUGGCUGUGGCAGAAUCCAAUGACAAUAUACCCGUUCCGAGCUUCAAUGGGAGGCGACCCGCAGGAGAGUACUUCUUCCGAAAGAUCAACCCAGAUCUGGUUCUCCCCUGGAAAGGAGGGGGUGAGGGGACGGUGCAGCUCCAGAGGUACUAUGACACUGACAGCUACUGUCUAAUCCUGCCCCCCAACCUAAAGUCAGCCAUUGCUGCUGUCACAUACAUGGCUGAGCAGCUGAAGAAGCAAGACACAGACGACACAAUGACUGGGGACUGGCAGUUCAUAGCCCUGGUGGUCGACCGUCUCUUCUUGUGGCUGUUUGUCGUCAUCACGACCCUGGGUACCCUGGCCAUGUUCCUGGAUGCCAGUUUUAACUAUACCCCUGACAAUCCCUUUCCCUAG